UAACUUUCUAAACGCAACACCACCGAGCUGUUACAGCUCCACAACCUUCACCAUAAUGCUGCCAUUACGAGUAGCUCGCGCCACAGCGCGCUCUGCCCUGCGCACAGCAGCGAGGCCAUAUUCCUCCCGCUCGUCGCUCUCUCACCAAGCACCGCAAGCAUGGACACCCGUCCCAUUUAUCACGGAGACAAUAGGCGGCGGAUGGCGGACAUCCGACAUCUUCUCCAAGCUCCUCCAGGAGCGCAUCAUCUGCCUCAAUGGCGAGGUGAACGACACCCUUUCCGCGUCCAUCGUGGCGCAACUCCUCUUCCUCGAAUCCGACGCGCCCGCGAAGCCGAUUACGCUGUAUAUAAACUCGCCCGGCGGCUCCGUCACGGCCGGCCUCGCGAUCUACGAUACCAUGACUUACAUCCACUCACCCGUGCAUACGGUGUGCGUGGGGCAGGCGGCGUCGAUGGGGUCACUGCUGCUGUGUGGUGGAGAGAAGGGACACAGAUACUGUCUGCCGCAUAGCAGCGUGAUGAUCCACCAGCCGAGUGGAGGGUACUUUGGACAGGCGAGCGAUAUUGCGAUUCACGCGACGGAGAUACUGAGGGUGCGGAAGAGCCUGAAUGAGAUUUAUAGGCGGCACUUGACGAGGCGGAAGGACGGGGCUGCGGGGGGAGAGUGGACGCUGGAGGAGAUUGAGGGGAUGAUGGAGAGGGAUAAGUUCUUGAGUGCUGGGGAGGCGCUGGAGAUGGGGAUUGUGGAUGAGAUUCUGGAUCGGAGAGGGAAGCCGGAAGAGGAGGCGAAGAGUUCUUGAGCGAGUGACAUGGAUGGCAACGGCUAGGAGGCUUGAGGAGUUACUGUUAACAUACAGAGGAGUCAGGAACCACGAACUGUAAACAUAGGGCAUAUUGCUUGGCAGAAUUUUAGAACUGACGUCUGGAAAAUGGAUAUUUGAGGACAACAUAACUAGCAUUAAAUAACGAAGAGAACGCU